CUCAGCCAUGGCUCUCAAGUCCUCUGCGUCAUGGUUGUUUGCAAUGGGAGUGGUAAUAUUAGGCCAGUCGUCAGGGUGGGCGGCGGCUAAGACGAAGGACAUAUUCAUACUGGGAGGACAGAGCAACAUGGCGGGUCGGGGCGGCGUUCAGGGAGGCAAAUGGGACGGCAACGUGCCGCCGGAGUGCCGACCCAACCCGUCCAUUUUCAGACUGAACGCUCAACUGGAAUGGGAGGAAGCCCACGAGCCUCUCCACGCUGGCAUUGACGUGGGCAACACUUGCGGCGUUGGGCCCGGAAUGUCUUUUGCCAACCGCGUCAUUCGACCUGGUUCUGGUACGGUGGGUCUCGUCCCUUGCGCAGCUGGCGGGACUCGACUUGCCCAGUGGAGCCGAGGAUCCCAUCUGUACACUCAGUUGGUUGAGCGAGCCACUCGGUCUGUGAGUGACGGUGGCACCAUUAGAGCACUUCUCUGGUAUCAAGGCGAGAGCGACACCGUCACGAAGGAAGACGCUGACUCAUAUAAGGAUCGUAUGCAGAGCUUCAUCAGGGAUCUGCGUUCUGAUCUUCAACUUCCUUCUCCCCUCAUGAUACAGGUGGCAUUGGCAUCAGGGGAAGGCAAAUACGUAGAGAUGGUGAGAAAGGCUCAGCUGGGGAUCAAGCUGCCCAACGUCACGUGCGUCGAUGCCAGGGGAUUACGCCUCAAGCCUGACAAGCUUCACCUCACCACCAUGUCACAGGUUCACUUAGGGAUCAACUUGGCUCGUGCCUAUCUAGCCUCUUCCCCCUACCCAAUCCUGCCUCUCCACUAGCCCUCCUCUUCCUAUUUCUAUUCUCCCAUACAUAAUGAAUAUAUUAUAUAUCUAUAUGCAUUUCCCAAUUUCUUGACUUUUUCUUUCCUUAUUUGUGAAUCGAGUCGUGCAACGGAAUUCCUGAGUUAUAAUUAAACCUAAAAAACUGCACUCAAUCUGCAUAACCCUGAUCAAGAACACGAGCAAUAAGAAACAAUUUCACGCCUCUGUAUCGACUUCUCUGUACGGAUAAUCACAAGCCAAUGAGCAAAUUAACAAGCAACCUAUAGCUGGGCGACCUAGGCUUGACCACACCAGAUCAGCAUAAACGUGUUACGUUUCAAGAUAAGCGUUGAAUUAUUUUAUGAGCAGAAGCAGCAAACGUGUCAACAUAUUAAAGUUUUCAGGAUGAGAUUGAUAGGUGGAGCAAGGAGCACCCGCAGCCUCCACCAGGUGCCAACAGAUUGACUUUAGCAAGAUGGGUGUUUCGUGUUCAUUAAUAUUAUUUAAGAGAUAUGCAUGUACAUGUCAAAUUUAUAAGCAGCAUCCUCAAAUCCCGGUCAAAUCGUCCGCGACCGGUGAGCAUGGAUGCGAAGGUGCUCAUAUUUUUAAACAGCCUUAUAUCUAACAGUUUAUCCGAAAGAUCCUGUCAUUUUUGUGCGUCUUAUUAUGUCUGACUUGUGCAACUUGUUGGGGGAUUGAAUUCAUGAACGAGGAAGGUGCUGUAGAAUUCUAAGUUGAGAGUGCUGGUGCAGUCUCCUCCGCAGAAAAGCCAGGAAGAUCAGGAGCUACGAAGUCCAGGAGAGACUCUAAAGUGGUUCAUGAGAGUGGUCCCGGGAAACAAAAUGAGGAAGCCGGAUUGACUUUUCCGGCAAACAAAUAUAUACAUGAGUUCAUGAGAGUAGACUCUUGUAAAACUUAGCUUCAUAAAUGAGUUCCCAUCAGCUUCCAACUUC